GAGUAAGGCGACGAUUCUUCUACAACGAUCUUUGCAUCUUGGAAUACUUGACCCGAUACGGCUAUCUGGAUGAAUCGUCAAUACAAUGUAAAGAUAAAUAUUGCAAAGUUCGCAGCAAUAAAAUAUGGAGGGAUGCUGUCAAAUCAUUACAACAUUUUGCGCACGUCGAGGAGACUGGCGAGCUAGACAACAAAACCAAACAUUGGAUGUCAUUGAGCAGAUGCGCGUAUCGCGACGUACACAGGCGCAGGCGUUCUAAAAGAUACACUAUUGGAGGAAAAUGGCGAAAGAAAUUCAUUCAAUACAAGAUAAAGUACACACCGAAAUUGGACCGUCGUUACGUCGACUCUAAGAUUGCCAUGGCUUUCAUGAUAUGGUCUCCCUCUUCUGGUAUUACUUUUGUUAAGAGAGACAAAGGACCCGUCGAUAUAAUAAUUGAGUUUGGCAGUUCAGAACUUUACAGCGAUAAAAUUGUGCUUGCGAAUACGAAAAGUGCAGGAAUUGCCAGUGCAGGAAUCACCAUUAGAAUCAACGACGAGGUACUAUGGGAGGAAAAUUUCAAAUCAGAUGCACCGAACUUAUUUCAAACCGUCGCCCACGAAGUAGGCCACGCUAUUGGCUUAGGUCACACCGAUGUCUUGGGGGCAAUGAUGUAUCCCGUGUACGGAUAUGGAAGAAAAGUAUAUUCACUUCACCAAGAUGACAUACGCGGCGCUAAGGACGCCUACAACUUCCAGGUAGUUUCGUAUCCAGGCCGUUUCCAAUAUCGUCAAUUUAGGAAAACAAUAACAAAAUCCUUCGACGAUUUGAGGAGUAAGAUGAAACACAGCUUUGGGAAGGAUAUAAAACCCCUUAACAUACCGGAAGAAUUCUUUUCAAAAGGAUUUUAAACUUUUAAAGUUAUAUUCUAUAACAAACAAGUUAUUUUUUCUCAUAAUCAUUACAUAUUACAUAUAAUUAUAAUAAACCAUCUGGCAGA